GCUCUUUUUUUGUCGUAAGCCGUUUGCCGUCGUGUGUUGGCGUUGAACCAAAACUCGUAAAUUAGUUAACUGUGGUAACAACAGCGGUACGCGAGUUCUUAACGUUUAUCGCAUAAAAUUGCACAGAGCGCAUGAUAAACUCAAUAUCGAUAGAACUUUGGAGUCGCUCAUCAGCAGUAGCGCAGUAUCGCUAAUUGCCAACGACGAGUGUGUGUGCGUGUGUGUGUCAAAAAUAGUGCACAAAUUAUAAAAUUAAAGCCAUAUUAAAGCAACUGCAAUUUUUUUUAUGCAUUUUUUGUUCCUGUGUGCUGUAACAAAAGAAAAAGCAACAUAAAAAACAACACACUCUAAAUAAAGAAAGAAAAUACAAUUCAAUUCUUGUGCGAAAAGUGAACGACAAGAAAAGUCAACAACAACAACAAGAACAACAAGAACAACAGAAAGAAAAGCCAAAACAAACAACAAGAAGGAAAAUGGGCCAACUGCAAAGGCAACGAGUGGCUCAACUCGCCACACUGCUCUAUUAUGUGGUGAUCUGCAGCUGCUUGACUAUUGAGUUAAGCAGCGCUCAGCAGCAGCCCAAGCUAGAGAUUUAUCCGACGCAGGAAGUGCAACGUAAACCUGUCGGCAAACCCCUGAUUUUGACCUGUCGCCCCACUGUGCCGGAUCAGGCGCUCGUUACCGAUCUGCAAUGGAAGGAUAACAUGAACAAUACUAUUUUACCCAAACCGACGGGACGCAACCAUCCACCCAUGUAUACGGAGACAUUGCCCGGUGAAAGUUUGGGUGUGAUGAUUACUUCGCUCUUGCCGGAAAUGGGUGGCCAAUAUUAUUGUACGGCUUCAUAUGCAAAUACGGAAAUACUCCAGACGAGCGUCACAAUUAAAACUUACGUGGCCAUUACCUGGACGAAUGCACCGGAGAAUCAAUUUCCUAUUUUGGGCGAUGAUUACGUGGUGAAGUGCGAAGUGAAAGCUGAUCCCAAUCCGACCAUCGACUGGCUGCGCAAUGGUGAUCCGAUUCGCACAGAUGCCAAGCACGUGGUGCAGACACAUGGUCUGCUCAUUCGUGACGUUGCUGAGACAGACGAUGGGACUUACACGUGCCGUGCUGCCGUAAUUGAGACGGGUGAACUAUUGGAGCGCAUCAUCCGUGUGGAGGUGUACAUCCGGCCAGUGAUCACACAUUUGCCCAGCACCCUCGAGGCUGUUGAGGGUAAACCGUUUGCGGCCAAUUGCACAGCGCUGGGUAAACCUGUGCCGGAGAUAAGCUGGAUCAAGGACUCUGUCCAGCUGAAUGUCGCAAAUGCUGAUCGCUUCAAGGUGAAUGCACAGACAGGCCUGUUGACCAUUAGCUCGGUCACUCAGGAGGAUUACGAUACGUACACUUGCAUUGCCAAGAAUGAUGCUGGCGUUACCGAUAAAAAGGCCCAAUUGAACGUACUCGUCCGUCCCUCCGUCUAUGAGCUGUACAAUGUGACUGGCGUCAGUGGCAAGGAGGUUGCCAUCACAUGCCGCUCCAAGGGCCGUCCCGCACCGGAGAUCACCUUCCGCCGCUGGGGUACCGAGCAGCAGUACACGGCCGGUGUGCAAAUGGACGACGAACGCAUCCAACUCGAGCAGCAUUUCGAUGAUGACCGUGGCGAGAGUACCGGCACCCUACGCAUUGCCCGCUCGCAGCGUACAGACGAUGGUCUGUAUCAGUGCAUCGCUACCAAUAAGGGUGACACUGCUUACAAGACUGGACACAUCGCCAUCGAGUUUCCCCCAGAUUUCACGCACAUGAAGGAGCUGCCGCCAGUGUUCAGCUGGGAGCAGCGCAAGGCGAAUCUGAGCUGUUUGGCCAUGGGCAUACCGAAUGCGACUAUCGAGUGGCGCUGGAAUGGACGCAACAUCAAGGAUCUCUUCGAUACCAAUUUGAAAAUCGAGGGCACCGGUCCACGCAGCGACCUCAUCGUCCAUCCCGUCACCCGACAAUACUAUUCCGCCUACAAGUGCAUUGCGACGAAUAUCCACGGCACUGCCGAACAUGAUAUGCAACUGAAGGAGGCCCGCGUACCGGACUUUGUCUCAGCCGCUGUGCCGCGCCAGCUGACGGCCACAACCAUAACAUUCGACAUACGGGGACCAGCCACUGAACUCGGCUUACCAAUACUCGCAUUCAGUGUACAGUACAAGGAGGCCCUCAAUCCAGACUGGUCGACGGCACUGAAUCGCAGCUGGUCACCAGACUCGCCAUACAUUGUCGAGGGUCUGCGUCCGCAGACUAUGUACAGCUUCCGUUUUGCGGCACGCAAUCAAGUCGGUCUUGGCAAUUGGGGCGUCAAUCAGCAGCAGUCGACACCCCGCCGUUCCGCCCCCGAGGAACCGAAGCCACUGCACAGCCCCGUCCAGAAUGAUAAGGAGGAACCCGUCGUUGUCUCACCCUAUUCGGAUCACUUUGAGUUGCGCUGGGGAGUGCCUGCUGAUAAUGGCGAGCCCAUCGAUCGCUACCAGGUCAAAUACUGUCCGGGCGUCAAAAUGGCUGGUACCUGGCACGAAUUGGAGGAUCGCUGCAAAACGAUUGAGGUUGUGGAGACAACAUCGUAUCAGAUGAUCGAUCUGAGUGGCAAUACGUAUUAUCGCAUCGAGCUGAAGGCGCACAAUGCCAUUGGGUAUUCGUCGCCGGCAUCGAUUAUAAUGAAGACGACACGAGGCAUUGAUGUGAUCCAAGUCGCGGAACGUCCGGUGCUUUCUUCGGCUGCGAUUGUUGGCAUUGCCGUUGGAGGGGUACUCCUUCUACUCUUCAUUGUGGAUCUGCUGUGCUGUGUGACUGUUCACAUGGGCGUCAUGGCAGCCAUGUGCCGUAAGGCCAAGCGUUCUCCCUCCGAGAUCGAUGAUGAAGCGAAACUGGGCAGGGACGAAAAGGAGCCACUGCGUACGCCCACUGGGAGCAUUAAGCAGAACUCAACCAUUGAGUUUGACGGGCGAUUUGUGCAUUCGCGCAGCGGUGAGAUCAUUGGCAAAAACUCAGCGGUAUAAGCAACUCGAAAUUGAAUUCAAAAAUAAUAGAGAUGUGCACAAAACUUGCAACAGAGAAUAGUAUUGAAACCGAAUGAAAAAACAUCGCUUACAACUAGAAAAGGAGCAACACACCAACCCCCCAAAAAAUUCAUAAUAAUAAAUAAAAUAAAUAAAUAAAAUAAAAAAAUAAACUAAAUACCUGCAUACAAACAAACCGAAUGAAUGAAGGUAGUACUUACGAUGCGAACAAGUUGCGAUUUACUCCAAAAGCAGGAGGAGGAAUGAGAACGAUAACCAAAGCCAAAGCUGUUGGAACAGCAUUUAGAAUUCUGUUUUUGAUUGGCAUAUGAGUUGGGUGUUCAGUUUCUAUUCUUAAGUUUUUUUUUUUAAAGUUCUAUAUACAAUCUUAACUUAAUGUCUUAAUAUACAUACUAUAUCCGAUAUCUAAAUACAUACAUAAAUAGUAUUUUAAGCUCGGUACAACAAAAAACACAAAAAACACCUUACAUACACUACUCAUAUGUCCAUGUCGCUUAACUUUGUAUUCGCUACAUAGCUUCGUCUUCUUUUGUUUUCGAUUCUUAGAUUUUUCGGACUAUAUCGACUAUAUAGAACUGAGUGGAUUGUAGCUUAAGAUCAAAACAAAAACUUAAAUUAAUGCCUUACAAACAUGAACAACAAAACAA